AUGUACCACUCCCCGACAUACAUCGUCGAGCCCACCACCACGCACACCCACUCGAUCAUCUUCCUCCACGGCCUGGGCGACAACGGCCGCAACUUCGGCGCUCAGUUCCUCGAAGCAGGCCACACCUCGACCGGCCACCUCCUUCCACAACUCCUCCCCGGCGCGCGCUUCAUCUUCCCACCGCCCCGCUCCGCCGAGCUGGAGCCGGUUAUUCAGGCGGAGGUGGACAAAGUCGGCGCGCGGAAUGUGGUGCUGGGAGGGAUCAGUAAUGGCAGUGCGAUAAGCAUAUCUUUGCUCUUAGCGAUAGGCGGUGGUAGUAUAUCGCUAGGUGGGUUAUGCUCGUAUUUACCGUUUCAGAGGGAUAUCUUAGAAGCGGUAACGGGAGAGAGGGGUGGGGACGAGGAGUUAGGUGAUAAUAACCCCUUUACAAACGAUAAUAACGAGGACGAAGGAGACAAGGUCGAGAAAGGGCCGGCGGCCCGGGCAGUCGAGUUCGAGAGGGACCUGCUAUGCAUGGAGCCUCUUAAGGAUCUGCCUAGCGAAGGAGUGCUAGCGACCACGCCCGUGUUCCUUGGUCAUGGCGAGCUUGAUGAGAAGAAGCCGCCUACGUUAGGGAAGGCGGCUGCGGAUACUCUGCGAGCAGCUGGGUUCAAUAUCACGUGGAAGUUAUAUCCGGAGCUUGGACACUAG